CCAAUUAGCUCUUCCUGUGGAGAACUUUUUUCGUGGGCGUUGCAAACGGGGUGACCCAAAUUCUUAUUACCUCCCCCGUAUCGUUUCUCGCCCGGCUCCCUAAUAAAAUUCCACGGCCUCUUCCAGAUCCGAGUGAAGCUCCGCGAACCCUAGCCAUGGCGAACUCGAGAUUAGGGUUUCUUCUCUCCUUUCUUCUCUCCUCUAUUCUCAUCGCUUCUCCGGCGCUCGCGAGCUCCGACGCGCCCUUCAUGGUGGCCCACAAGAAGGUCAGCCUCUCCCGUCUCAAGACCGGCGUGGAGCGGGUAUCUGUCACGAUCGACCUCUACAACGAAGGAUCCGCGACUGCUUAUGAUGUGAUCCUUAACGAUGAUGGUUGGUCUCAAGAUAUGUUUGAACUUGUCUCUGGCAGCACAUCAAAGACAUGGGAAAGGCUUGAUGCUGGUUCCACUGCUUCUCACUCAUUUGUUUUGGAGUCUAAAGUCAAGGGCAUGUUCCAAGGUUCUCCUGCUGUCAUAAAAUUUCGUGUAACCACAAAGGCUGCAUUGCAGGAGGCCUAUUCUACCCCGAUUCUGCCAUUGGACAUUCUUGCUGACAGGCCUCCUGAAAAGAAAUUUGAAUGGGCAAAGAGACUGGUGGCAAAAUAUGGAUCACUUGUAUCAGUUCUGUCGUUGGUGUCAGUGUUCAUCUAUUUGGUUGCAACCCCAUCAAAAUCCAGUGCUGCAAAAGCGAGCAAGAAGAGACGCUGAUCCAAAAAUUAUGGUCUUUUUGGCCAGUUUUGUUUAGAGUUGCCUUUAGAAACUGGAAUUUGCAGUCUGAGAUAAGAUUUUUCAUAUACUUAAAAUGUUGUCUAAUUGCUAGGACCAGUGGGAAAUUGCAUUGGUUUAUCACUGUUCACGUACUUCAGUUGUAGAUUACCAAUUUAAUUUAAAGAAUGGAGUGCUUUUAACUCCAAUAAGUUUUGAGCUCCGAAGUUA